AUGUGCACCACCAACAUCUACACCUACGUCUACCCAGACGGCCACAAGGAACAGUCUCGCCAACCCGUCUUCUGCUCUGCAUCGCGGCGGGGCAAGGUCUGCAUCAACAACGUCGUCUUCCAGCACCCCACCCAGUACAUCCCCAUCGAGCAUUCUCAGACAUUAUCUGGCAGCUCUCGCAGCUUUCACAGCUCUCCCUUCGUCAGCCAGUUCCCGCCCACGCCAGAAUACACUCCCCCAUAUGGCACCGGCAACUAUGGCACCGGCAACCUUGUUGAGAUGACGGACUCAGACGAGGACACGGACGAGAACGCGGACGAGAUCAAGGGCGAGAACACGGACGAUAAGAAGGACGAGACCAUUGCCAUACGUGCCACCCAGUGCUUGGAAUCUUUCCAGAAAUGUCUUCAGCGGGCGUCCUCUGUGCACCCUAGGGAGUUCUCAGUAGUAGAAGACCAAAUGGCGAGGCUGUCUACAUGGACUGCAGGCAUCGGAGUUUUUGCUCCUGGGCGAGCGUCCAUAGAUCAUCGCCUGCGAUAUGCACCGGAAGUGCAGAGUGCUGUCACUGGUCUUCUGGAGUCUCUGGACUACCGUAUCCGUGCUUGCUCGGAUGUCCUUGAUGAGGGCAAGUUCUCGGCACCAGAUACUCGAAGUGCUGCAAACGAGCGGUUGGAAUGGUGUUUUGUAGACAUCACGACUGAGCUCAGUCGUCUCGAAAAGACUGCGAAUACAAUUGGCAGAGCCAGCAACGAAGCCCAUGUCCUCAAUGCGAGCGAUUUUCAGAUCAAGGACGUCGAGGGAAAUAACGUAGAGUCCCUCUUACUCAGAGAUUUCGAGCGUCACAUUGGCAGGCGGUUCCCCAACAUUAGCAAGAUAAUCCAACAGAGGCUUGCUCGCACAAUGCUCCUUCGACAGAAACGAAUCCUGCACAGGAGGCACUACCAAGGGAACACUGAUACUCAACCGCAGGAGGCAACACCCAAGGGUUCCAUUACAUUACUAGCUAGUCAGCUGAUGGGACCUGCAAUAAUUCUAUCCUCCGGUAACGUCAAGAUAGUCUCUUUCGGCUCAUCUGUUAUUUCAGCAAGGAAGACAGCCGUCUUGAGUACCCAUGAGGCACUUAUAUUCCCACCCGCUCCUAGUCCUGCUGCCGAACGGAAGUACAAGCAGCGCAGGACUCCGCGCGUAGCUGAUACUCAUAAUACCUCACGGCUUGUGAAAGCAAAAUCAAAUGCGAAGUCAAAAAAGAAGCCCCAGGCAAUAGGAGAGAUUACUUGUCCUUAUUGCCUCUACAUGCUCCCAGCCCAGGAGGCGUCUGAUGAAUUAGCAUGGCGAAAUCACGUCAAGAACGACCUGGACCCUUAUGUGUGCCUCUUUGAGGAUUGUCAGGAAGCAGAUCUGCUCUAUAAUGACAGUGACGAAUGGCUCAGCCAUUUGCAUCAACACAACAAGCUCUGGCGCUGCUCUUCUCAUCGCGAUCUGGGGCCAUUUUCUACCCGCGAAGACUAUAUCAAACAUAUACGGGAAGCCCAUAAUAUCAACCUCAGCGACACCCAGCUCCGUGUUUUAGCGAAGAAGAAUGCGCGCAAGGCGGUGAAGCUGUUUUUGUCGUGCCCAAUGUGUGGCAAAAAUGCGACCGAGGUUGAUGGCCGUCUGGAGGACCACAUAGCCGGACAUCUACUAUCUCUAGCCCUCAAGUCCCUUCCAAGUUUCUAA